AUGCUCCGCUGCCUCGCCCUCCGCCUGCCGUGCCACCUCAAAAUCCCAGAGCCAUUCGCAGCCGCAGGAGCCGGCACCAAACUCUCCCCUGCCUCCUCAAGCAGAGUGGACCUGAAACUUGGGAAAAAACAAUCCUAUGGAUCAGCUAAACCAGAGGCCUACGCCGGGAAAGCAGAGAUCAACAUACCUGUCGAUGGGGGGUCGAUGGGCUGCAUCAGAGGCCAACGCGGCCGGACGCACUCCACACCGAUCUCGGCCACGCGCGCCACUGCCUCGGGUGCCUCCACCUCGUGCCCCCGCGGCACCGGCACCCGGCUGUCGAGGAUCUUGCCGGCGGACGCUCCUCCAUGGCGCGCCCCCCUGGCAGCGCGCGUUCGCCAGCCGCAUGCAGAGAAGAGUGGUCCUUCUUUCUUAGCCGUGGAGAGCGUCGAGUGCCAGCACCAAGCUGCCACCCGCCUCUCCAGGUCCCCGCCCCAUCCGGCGGUGCUGCCCUCCCCGCCGCUGUCGCACAACUCGGCGGCGGCGGCGGCGAACGCGCGCUGGACGCCGACCAAGGAGCAGAUCGGCGUGCUGGAGGUGCUGUACCGGCAGGGGCCGCGCACCCCAACAGCCGAGCAGAUAUAGCAGGUGACGGCGCGGCUGUAGAAGCACGUCCCCAUCGAGGGCAAUAACGUCUUCUACGGGUUCCAGAACCACAAGGCCCGGCAGCGCCAGCGGCAGAAAAUCCGGCAGAAGCAGCAGGACGCAGACGCCGAUGUUGUGCCCGAGAGUGGAGACGGUGGCGCAUGA